AUGCCGACUACGAUACCGGCGAAACGUUUGGGAAUGUACCAUGUCUACGGUUCAACUUUGGAAAUGAUCAUGCAGACAAUGGACCCCGGACUAGACUGCGAUCCCUAUAAUUUGGAUCGUCAUGAAGCUGAUCUCUUUGAUGGUGCGGAUAAUAGUUUGAAUCUAGAGGGCGCUGAAGCUCAAAUGAUGGACUUUUGGCUAGGACAUUUUCGUUGGGCUGGUUGGGGCGGCCUAUAUGAUCCGAGUGAGGGGAAGGAGAAAAGGGAACUAUUUCUUCUUGAUGAAGCAAAGUAA